CCGUACACUGCGCACUGCUUCACUUCGGAAAUCAACCAAAUGAACCCCAACAAGCAGACCCAGUGACCCAAUCAUUAUUGGAUUCUACGUUCUGGAAUUCAACACAGACGAUCAAGGUUCCGUUUUUAUUGUCAUCUAAGAACAUGACGGAGGUGAAAGAUGACCGGAGAUUCCAUAAUCUAACACAGGAGCAAGUGGACACGCUGGAUCAGGUUCUUACAGAAGUCAUUCCCAUUCAUGGAAGGGGCAACUUCCCUACUCUGGAAAUUAAGCCCAAGGAUAUUAUCCAUGUUGUCAGAGAUAGGCUGAUUUCCAAGAAAAUCAAGGUGAGGGAUGUGCGUCUCAAUGGCUCCACAGCAAGCCAUGUACUAGUCAAAGAGAAUGGCACUAGUUAUAAGGACUUAGAUAUUAUCUUUGGUGUGGAACUUCCUAAACAGGAAGAUUUCCAGAUCAUAAAAGAAGUGGUCCUGGGUUGUCUUCUGGACUUUCUACCACAAGGAGUGAACAAGGAUAAAAUUACGGCUCUCACCAUGAAGGAGGCCUAUGUGCAGAAGAUGGUCAAAGUCUUCACUGAACAUGACCGAUGGAGUCUUAUCUCACUCUCCAACAAUAGUGGUAAGAAUGUGGAGCUCAAGUUUGUCAGCUCUCUGCGUCGGCAGUUUGAAUUCAGCGUAGACUCCUUCCAGAUCAUCCUGGACACUAUGUUGGAGUCCUACCUUGAGGCUGAGCGAAAGGAAGCUGCACAACGCAAAGGGAAAGAACAGGAUGUUUUCAAGAUUCAAAGCACUGGCCCUCAGAUAGGUAUAUUACAUGAGCAGUCCAUGUCUGCUGGUACAGAAAGCCACAGUAAAACAGACAUUGAUAUGACAGGUGAAACAAUAGACAUACCCAGUUUGCGUGAAUGUGCAUGCCACAGUGAAAUAGAAAUGACAGAGGACCAAUAUGAGCCUUCCACAAAAGAAACUACACUUGAAGUGAUCCAUAAAGAGACUGAAGAGCUGAGUGAAUCUAUAACUAUGCCUGAAACUGCUGAAGAAAUAUCAGAACAGUCUGACACAACCAUUCUUAUGAAACAAACAGUUGAGAAUAAUGAAAAUAAUUUUGUUUGCAAAAAGAAAGAAAAGGAAAUGCUGGAAGAUAAUUCAGAAGGGGUCAGUACUGGUUUACAUGUUGAAAGUGAACAGGUGAUCAGUGAAGAAAAUAAAGACACCAAUGAAAGUGACGCGCAGCUCCCAGACCCUCAGACAAAUGUACUGAUGGAGGAAUCUAAAGAGCUUGAAAGCAUGUUGUCUCCAGAGACAGUCCCUGUGGAAUAUGCCCAUAAAACAGAGCAUGCAGACCUUCCAUGUGAGCCAGUGCAGACUACAGAAAAAACAACCGAACCUAUGACACUCACUGAACAGUGCACAUACCAGCCUCUUCCUCCUCCUACCAGCAUUAUUACACAAACAACAGUAGAUACAAACAAUGAAUACCCUUUACCACCUCCUGCCAAAAAAACAAGUCGAAGUUCACACAUGAUCGUUCUUAAACAUUCCUCACCAAAACCUCCCAGGAAAAUGUCUAAAAAGGUUACAUGUAUACCACACUCAGCAGAAAAAUCUUUAUCAAAAGUCUCAAAAGUUCAAUCUUGUCAGCUUGUCAGCCAUUCAAUUAAUGGAGGUGACCCAAAUGAACCAAUGCCUAUGCAAGUUGAAUUGCCUAGUCUUACCACAAACUGCUUAGAGUCAUUAGCCAGUGCCUCACAUGACAAUGAGACUCUGUUUAGAAUAUUGGACAUUUCCACCCCAGCCUUUAGUGUUGCAUCCCAGGAGAAUGGUACACACUCAAAAAAGACACUUUCUCUAUCCUUGUCUCCAGAAGAAAAUGUUCAAACUCAAGUACAGACCUCAGAGCCAGAGACUGGUGAAUCUUCUAAUCAUUCUAUUCUAAGCCCUUUGUCCAAACCUUUUAGUUUCCCAAAGGACCAAAACAAGGUGAUACAAUCUUUUCCUGAAAAGGUGACAAAAACAACACCUCAGUCAGUUAAACCACUUAUUCAGGUAAAUUCUCAAUCCAUAGUUCAGAUAGACGAUGACCCUGAUCUCAGUCUGAACUCUGCCUCCAAAGAGGAGACUGAUCUUGCUGCUCAAACUGCUGAGUGUGCUCUAGAAUAUUUCAAAUCCCCAGAUACUGCCUCUCAGACAGUAGACUCUUCCUCAAAGUCACUGACACCUCUGUCUACAAAUCUUAUUACUGAUUCAGAGGAAGUAGAAAACACUACCCAAGGCUUGGUGCUUCCUGUUAUUUCAUCACAGGUUCCUGAGCCCUCCAUAUCAUGCCUGCAGCCUCAGGAACCACUUGUGUCUUGUACUCAGACUCUAGAAUCUUCAGUGUUAAUGUCACACCUUCUAGAGCCACCUAUUUUAAUACCACCAGCUCAAGAUCUCUCAGUGUUACCAACAGAUUUUCUAAAACCACCUGAAAUAUUGUCAUGUCUUCUAGAACCUCCCUUUUCCUCAUCGGAGAACCAGCAGUAUUGUGUACAACCCUCAAAUGUUUUGGAAUCUUCCACAUUGUUGUCUGAGGGAUCAGAGUCUUCUGUAGUGUCCUUUCAAACUCUGGAACCACCUGAAAGAUGUCCACAGAUCAUAGAACUUUCUAAAGAAUCACUCCAAGAUAUACAUCCCUCCAUAUCACCAGCUGAAGUCCUACAGUCUCCUAUUCCACUAGAGUUAGAAACUUCAGUAGAGACUUCACAGAGUUCAAAUCCAUCAGACUCUGAGACUAAAGAGGUUCAUCCAUGUCCCAGAGAGGUGCCGUCUGUUACAGUGGUGGCAGAAAGCAUGUAUGGAGAUUUUGAGCAGGCCAUGGACCACUUGCGUUACCGGCUAAUUGCAACACGCAAUCCAGAGGAAAUCCGGGGAGGUGGCUUGCUCAAGUACAGCAACCUGCUGGUUCGGGACUUUAAACCUGCUAGUGAAACAGAAAUUAAGACAUUAGAACGUUACAUGUGCUCCCGCUUCUUUAUUGACUUUCCAGACGUGAAUGAGCAGCAGAGGAAGAUUGAGUCAUAUCUGCGCAAUCACUUCAUUGGUGAAGAGAAGAGCAAGUAUGACUACUUGAUGACACUGCGGCGGGUGGUCAAUGAGAGCACCGUGUGUCUGAUGGGCCACGAGAGGCGGCAGACACUCAACAUGAUUACCAUUCUAGCUCUCAAGGUCCUAGGGGAGCAGAACAUCAUCCCUAACACCAACAAUGUUACCUGUUACUACCAGCCUGCUCCAUAUAUGGCUGACCACAACUUCGGCAACUAUUACAUUGCCAAUGGCCAGUCGCCACUUAUAUAUCACCCAUAUCCCCUACACAUACACAUGCAGACUGGACUGGUUUAGCACUGAAUAGCUGCCAGUGAGCAGAACCUCAACCUCCUGCAACCUAAAAUAGCUACCACAAAUAAAAACAAAUUCUCAGCAUGAGCACUUAGUUGAGCAAAAUCCUAAUUUGAGUGCUUUUAACUUAGAAAAAAAGACAAUUCUGUAUGUAAAUCUGGAAUUCACAGUAGUUUUGGUUGCCAAUAGAGUCACUCUGAAUAUCUAGGGUACCAUAUCUGUCCUGGACUUAUAGACAGCCUGUGUUGAAAUCAGAACAGAUGAAAAUCAGUGGAAAUCGAAUACACUAAAACAUCAGUUAAAGGCCAUUGCACUAGUAGAGUCUACAGCUACCAGUAAUGAAUGUGCCACAUUCAAAGGAAUGUUCUAGAAACAUGAGGCUGGAGAAAAAGGGAGAUAGUGAGGGUGAGCAAGACAGGAAGCUAGAUGGAGAAAAUAAUAAUUAACUAGAGUAUUUUCUUUUCCUUCUUUUCCUAGCCUUGUAAAAUGUAUAAAAAUAAUAUAUGAAAUUAGGAUUGUUAAUCUGGCCAGAUCUAUUGUUCUCUUAUCAGAGGAACAUGAAUAUUUUCUGAUUAGUUGUUUGUAGUCAUCUUAUUCACAAUCAUGAAAGAACAGUGCAAAAUUAAUUACAUUGAAAAACACCUAAAUUAGAUUACAAUGUGCCAAUUUUUAAACAUAUCAUGGCUCUACAGUGCCAAACGUACACAAAAUGCAGUCAUGCUGUAAGAUACAUUUUCAUCUGAUAGUCAACUUUUAUAGACUGAAAUAUCAAGUAAAUUUCUUAAAUUGCUUUACGAAAUCCAGGACCAUAUUCCUGAGCCAGAUUAUUAUACUUGAAUUACAAUGCAAAAAUACAGUAUUUUACAAGGUGUUGGUUUUAACUGCAAACAUUCUUGGUGUCUAUAGAAAUUUUAUAGCAUAUUAUGACGUGAUUAAGAGGGAAUUAUGAGAGAUGUAUUCAAUUUAUUCCCAUCGUACAUUUUUAGGGGCAAGCCUAGGAAGUCAAUGACUCAUGGCUCAGCUCUAUGGCGAUUCUUACCAGCUGCAUGAUUGAUCUCAGAUGUAAACCAGAGUGAAAUUUAUAUGAAGUGAAAUGUCUGUAUCUCUUCCAUUCGGCCUUUUAUCCUUGUUGGCUGUAAAUGUUUUGUUUGUGUGUCCAGAAUGUGAAUUAUGUUUUUUGGAUAGUUGUCAAAGACCAUUGCACGCAUAGGCGUGAGAGAACUGAGAAGUGUUGUCACCGAAAAUCUUACUGCCAAAUUUCACCACAUGAAGACUUGAGUCAUACUGGAGUCUAAUGAACUUGCAAAAGUACACAUUGACUGCAAUGAGGGAGAAAAAAAAAAGCUCUUAAUGAAUUGUGUAGGUAUCAUUUGUGUAUCUGUGAUGCACAAAGUCAACUUUAUGGACUGAGUAAUAUGCAGCUCUGCUUUUAUUCACCAUACAAUGCAUAUUUAGGCUCAAAGGAACUAAGGCAUGGGAGAACACUAUGUUUCUCUAAUGGACAUUAGAGUGUGGAAAUUUCAUCUUAUCAGGAGUGCCCGAGGUGCAAAUAUACAUUUUUUAACGUUAGUAACAAAAACUCGUAUAUUUUUCCAAGAAAAAAAAUUUAACAUCAUAGGACAGUACAAAGAGUUUGUGCAUGUGCACACACAAACACACACACAUACACACACAGAUAUAAAUGAUAGUUAUAUAUAGAUAAGAUGCCAAGAAGAGUCUGUGGUUGAGAUAGAUCUUUCAGAGUAAUAUAAUCUUAUGUCACUGUUUAUAAGUUGUGGAGUUCCCUUUUCUUGUGAGGUCCUAGCUUUGAAUUUGUGAAGUAUUAUACCUUAGCUUCACUGUAUGAUAUCUUCGAGUCCCUUAUGGUGUCUUGCCCUAAUGUUUUUGUCUACUUUUUAAAUCUGGCUUUACCGCCAAAACCUUUAGUAACACUGUGCUUAGACAUAGGUUUAGACUGGUUUGAAUUGUUUACCUAAGCAAGGCUUGCAACCAUACACCAACCAUGGAACCAUAAAAAAAAAAACAGUUGACCAAAGAUGGAGUUUGUAGGAAAACUUAAGUGCCUAAAUGAAGGUCAUUAGUAUCUGAACUACCACUAUUACAAAAAGGAGAGACAGAAAAGAAAAAAAAAACACAGAAAAGGGGACAAACAAGCAAAGAGAGGGAAAGGGAGAGACAGAGACAAAGAAAGAGGAGGAACCUCCUGCAGAAAACAAAUGCAGUUGCAGCUUGUCCUCAUUAUUUCAAGUGUAUGUUUUCUCCUUGCCUUCCUCUAGUGCUGAUUGUGUUGAUGUCAGUUCUGUAGUUCUUUAAUAUGGCUGCUUUAUGUACCUUUAAUUUAAA